GGUAGUGUUACGUUACUGUGGACCCCCAUCAAUGCAAAUUCCAAAUAGCAAGAAAACGAAGCGUCUUCUUUCUCCCACACCUCUCUCCUUUCAUCUUCAAUCUCCAUCCAUUCAUGGCCCCUCCUUCCUGCUGUUUACCAUGAGUCCCCCUAAGGGAUUGAUUAAGAUUCCACAUGCACUGAAUUUCUGCUUUCUUAAACUUAUUUUAUUGGAACUUGAGGGUUUGGUUCUGUUUUGUUCUAUGCAAUUUUAUCUUGGUUGGGUGUCUUCAAACUGGAAUUGAUGUGUAGAUGAUGGAAGCUAGAAUGAAUUUGAUCCCUUCUGUAAUUGGAUUUGGAAUGAGUGCUACUUUUAUUGUGUUUAUUUGCACAAGAAUAAUCUGUAGGAGGAUCCGAAGAGAAGCGUCUGGGCCAAUGUUCGAGAUUGAGUCCAGAAUGGAUCUUGAACAGCCAGAGCAACAGAUUCAAGGCCUGGAACCAGUUCUAGUUGCUGCAAUACCCACCAUGAGAUUCAACCGGGAGGCUUUCAGUUCCUUAGAAGAUGCUCAAUGUUCAAUAUGUUUGGGGGAGUACGAAGAGAAAGAAGAGCUAAGAAUCAUGCCCAAAUGCGGCCACAAUUUCCACCUUGCUUGCAUCGAUGUGUGGCUGACAAAACAGUCCACUUGUCCAGUUUGCCGUUUCCCUUUACACAACUCAUUCUCAUCAGCAGAGGUUGAUUCCAGGACCUGAGAGUCCUGUACAACAUGAAACUAGCUAGCCAAGUAUCCAUGCAUCCUGAUUCAAUCUGUCACUGGAGAUCAGACAGAAAGAAGACAAUAUAUUGAUGCAGCCAAGAGCAAUGUAUUAUAUGAGUUUGCUUCUUACAAUUUACAUCCAAUUCAUCUAACACUACAUGCCCGUGAGCAUAACUCCUUUUUUGUACAUAAAUAUCAUUUCCAGUA